CUGAAGGUUUCGACAGUGACGUAUGAGGCAGGAUUGAUGACGGGCGAGCUGGAUGAUCCUGUCGACGACGUUGUUGAUGAAGGUCGACUUGAUGUAGAAGACGCUGGUGUUGAUAACGAUGCAGCUGGCGACGGUGAGGAAGAGGACGACAACACCGAAGAUGAUGAUGUUGAAGGUGAAGGAGACAAUAGGGAAGAAGAAGAGGAGGAGGAGGAUGAGGAGGAGGAGGACGAUGAAGAGGAUGAGAUUGAGGGGGCUGCUGAGGAAGUUGACUGCGGGUUCGAAGCUGACGACGAGGUUGAGAGUAGGCUUGAGGAGGUCGACGAAGAAGCCAACGAAGAAACCGACGAAGACGCUGACGAUGAGGUCGAAAGGAUGUUGUCUAGUUCCGUCGCGCUGCUUGAUCGCGAAGACGACGAUGAAAGCAGUGGAGAAGACGAAUACAGCGACGACGACGACGAUGACGGCAGCGAGGGAGACAACGAGGGCGACAACGAGGGCGACGACGACGACGGCAGCGAGGGAGACAACGAGGGCGACAACGAGGGCGACAACGAGGGCGACAACGAGGGCGACAACGAGGGCGAGGACGAGGGCGACAACGAGGGCGAGGACGACACCAACAACGACGACGAGGACGAGGAUGGCGACGGGGACACCGUGGACGACGCGAGUGACGCAGAGGAUGACAGACCAAUCAAGGACGAUGACGAGGAGCUGGUCAAUAUAUUGUCAAGCUCUGUUAGACUGCUCGAAGAACUGAUCGAAGCACUGCUUGACGAACUGCUUGGCAAGAUGCUGGAAAGAAUGCUGGACAGAAUGCUGGACAGGCUGCUUGAUGGGCUGCUUGAUGGGCCGAUUGAUGAGCUGCUCGAUGAGCUCUCUCCCAAGUUGAGGGACGAAGAUGUGGACAAUCCAGAAGACGUCGAGAGUCUUGAAGAGCUGGUGGGAGUAGUACUAAUAAGGCUUUCGAAGUCUGUCGGGACCUGGACUGUCGAUGAUUGCGUCGAUGAGACAAACGUCGAAGAGACGGGCGACGAAGGAGUGAUAGAAGGCAGAGUAAAUAGCGACGAGGAUGAGGAUGCCGUGAGCUCGAGACUGGGCGAAGCUGACAAUGAGGGAGAGAUUGAGCUCAGUGGCGAUGAAGAGAUCUCAAUCGACGACAAGCUAGAAGACAACGAUGAUGUGCUGGUCGGUGUGCCAUCAGACUCGGAUGAACUGACUGAUGAUGUAGAAGCAACCCCGGAUGUCGAGCUAAGAGGAGUGGAAGAUCCAGAAGACGAAGUCGUGAGCAAAGUAGGGCGCAAGGUGUCGAAGUCUGUAAUUUCCGGGUCGAAUGAGGAAGAGCUUGAACUCGAAAGCGCACUGCUGGUUGCAGACACUGCUGUCGAAGAAGGUUGCUGCGUUGAGCUCAAAGAAGCACUCUCUGCUGCAGUACCGCCAGACGUCGAGCUGAGUUCCGAGGAUGUCGUCGCCGAGGUCAGCUGGCCCGAUGUCGAACUAGGACCGUCAGAGGUUGCACUUUGGGAAGUGCUGGUAAUUCCGCUACUAGAUGUCGAAGUGAUGCCAGCGAUAGAACUUGACAGACUGCUGAGGAUGUCUGGGUCGAUUGUAUCAGAGGCUUGCGACGUAAGAGAAGGAGAGAUCGCCGUGAGCGACGGUGAGAUGCUAGAAGAAGUAACAAAGUCGCUUGCGAAUGAGCUCGCCGAUGUCGUUAAGCUGGCAGAGAGUGUCUCAAGAGAGCUUGCCGAAGAACUUGCGGACGAGGAUUCAGAUAAAUCGCUGAAACUGCUCGUAGUGAUGCCUUCGGAAAUGCUUGAAGAGCUGGAAGACGCAGUUGUACCGGAAGAGGUGACUGGGCCGGACAAGCUUGUGGAAAGGAAGCUCUGCGCAAAGGUCUCGUCACUCGACGUGCUUGAACUGAUCUGGACUGUCGUUGAGUCGAAGCCGGAGGCGCUAGUCGUGGAACUGAACACAGUGGGCUCACUGCUGCUCUCCGCUGAGGUCGUUGCCGGGCCUUCCGAGCUUGUAGAGGUUGACAGAAUUGUGCUUUCUAAACUAGAGAUUGUCGGACCGGAGAUUCCUGUUGUGAGCUCUGUCGAAGAUAAUUGA